AUGGAUCAUCGACCACAAGCUUGGGGCCGUCCCAGAGACGACGUCUACGGCGCCUACGAUGCCUCAUACAUGCAGACCAACGGUCCCAACCAGCACACCCAGUCUCCCGUCGUAACGGGAACGUCGGUGGUGGCGAUCAAGUUCAAGGACGGUGUGGUCAUGGCAGCAGAUAACUUGGCCUCCUACGGCUCCCUAGCCCGCUUUACCGACGUGAAGCGCAUCCGCACCUUCGCCGGCACUUCCCUCGUCGGCUUCGGCGGCGACGUCUCCGACAUGCAGUACCUGGACCGGCACCUGACGGAGCUCGCCAUCGACGAGGCCUACCACCAGACGGCGGCGCACACCCUCAACGCCCGGAGCCUGCACAAGUACCUGUCGAAGCUGCUGUACCACCGGCGCUCCAAGUUCGACCCCCUGUGGAACCACCUGCUCGUGGCCGGGCUCGACGAGGAAGGCAAGCCCUUCCUCGCCGCCGCCGACCUCCUGGGAACCACCUACUCCUCGCCCUCGCUCGCCACGGGCUUCGGCAGCAUGCUCGCCCAGCCCAUCAUGCGGCGCUACGUCCCCGACGAGGAGUCCGUCGCGAACCUGACCCGCGAGAAGGCCGUCGAGGUCGUCCGCGAGUGCAUGAAGGUCCUGUUCUACCGCGACGCCCGCUCCCUCGACGCCUACUCCCUCGCCGUCGUCACCAAGGACGGCAUCGACCUCUCCGAGAACGAGAAGCUCGAGGAGCAGAGCUGGGCCUUCGCCGACCGCAUCAAGGGCUACGGCACUCAGACCGUAUAA